CUAUUGGAAAAUUGGCGGUUCGUUGUUUUGUGGCUGCGUUUUCCUGUUCCUGACUAAAUAUUUUGAGAAAUUUAGCUCUAUAGAUGUGAAUAGCACCGUAACCUAUCUGGACCUACUCUUAUAACACAUGUACUCGUUCCUCGACAGUGCCUUGAUUUGGUUACAGUUUGUUAAAUGUAUGUUGGCAAACUCGAAACUAUUGGAAAGCUACCAAAAGUUAGCAAACGGUGAACUUAGAGGCUGGGUCCUGCUAGCUGGCUAGCUGUUAGCUAGGCUGGCUUUCUGACCAGUCUCCACCGGACACUCACACUGCUUCUUCCACCACCUCCGAGUAAUGGCGAACCCGGCAUGGUUGCAGAAAAAGAAUGGGAAAUAUCUGUGGUUUGCUCUCCUUGGGCUCGGUCUUCAACCAGACGCUGCAGUGUCGUUCAUCGCCGGCAAAACCAACGCUAGCGCUAAACACAUCAACCUGGGACCCAAUAUGUUCGACAAACCAAACAAGGAUGCCUUCUACAUAGUAAUCAAUUUCCUGUUGGAGAGACUCAACCCGACAAGAUUUAAUGAGGUGUACAGGCACUGCUGGCCUGUUUUGAGCCACAAAGCAGAUGCAGAGUUCCGUAAAGUUACCUGCGCUUGGCUGCGAGAAAUAAUGGAUGAAACUGCUAAUGCAGGAUCCAAAGUGGUAGCGUCUUUGUUCCUCUCUCCUGGAGGCCCAAAGUUUACCAACUUGAUGCUUCAUUUGGCCAAUCAUGUCAUGCUGCAGGAAAUGAAGACAUUCACCACAGAUGAUAGCUGGGUUCCUGCGGCUGCAGCGAUGCCGGCUUCUUCCCUGGACAUGGCAGUGAAGAGGCUCAACUUGAUCCAUAGCAGGUUUCUGAAAGCUGCAGUGGAUCAGGACCGUUUCCUUCAGGAGUACCGGAAACGAGCACAGCUCCUGGUAAAGUCGAUGAAGGACAUCACAGCAGAAGGUGCCAAGUAUAAUGAGCUACUCAAGCGUCACAACAGUGAUUCUACACAGGAGGGAGCUUCUCCAGCUGAGAAGAUUGAAAGGGUGCGUUCCUUGUGGUCGGACAUUGAUGGAAUGCUGUCGACUACCAAAGAUGAUCGGCAUGCAGUGGAAAGUGUUUUGAAGGGUGAUGUGGAUCAGUAUGUCCUGGACGGUACGGAUAGAGUCCUAAAAAUUCCUCGCAGUCUGCUGGAGAGAAUUGAACAGCUUCCUCAUCAGUUGAGUUCAGGGAAUGUGUACGAGGCUGGCCAGCUGAACCUCCUCUGUGUGUUAGAACUGAUGAACCACGCGCUGCAGCUCCUGAGGGAGGAGCGCGGUCUGGUCUCUCAUGCUCCCAAGCCUCAGCUCAGUCCUCAGCACCUGCAGGAGAAAUGUCAGCAGAUGGCCCAUGCACUGCAGAACCUCCACCUAAUCAGGCAGAGGAUUUCCAAGGAAGAAAUUCCUGAGGUCAGGGGUUCCAUCAGAGAUUUGGAGGCUGCGUGGGACAGGAAGUGGAUGGAUACCCUGAAAGACAGACCUCUAGCGUCUUUUCUAAAUGAAGAUCCUGCUCUUGGCUUCCUGUCACCAAUGGCUCCACUGUCUUUUGAACCAGCAGCUGACGCUAGUUUCAGAAGUAGUGUCUUUUCCCAGUAUCCUGCAUUGCUUCUUGAGAAGCCUGCUGCGAGUAAAACACAGCAAAGCGUCCCUCCUAGUUCUUCUAAGCUGAAGAGCUCCUGCCCUGAAACCGCUGAGAGGACUGAAAGUCCUGUUGUCACCACUCAAGCGCCACCCAAUGCAAAUACCUCUCUUGAUUGGCUUUUUGACACACCAUCCCCUCCUCUGAGUGCCCCGUCAGUGCCACCACCUCAGGCCAGUGUGAGGAAGACAGCCCGGGUUCAUCAAAAGGUGACUCCCGUGAGGACCAAAACUGAGAUAUUGGACAUGGAAUAUGAUAACCUUGCUGAUCAGUUUGCAGAUGCUGUAGCUACCAGUCCAGCAGAAGGCAGGGUCAAAGGUCUGGACCUGGAUAGCCUUCUCUGCACUCUUAAUGGAGAUCCCUUCUCUACUAAAAAGCAGCUACCACGUACACCGGAGAGCUUGAUUCUGGAUGUGAAGAGCUCCUGGCGCAAAGCUGUUGAGGAAGACGAAGCUGAGAAAAAGGGGCGGUUAGCAAAGCUUAAUGACAGCGCAGCCAGGCUGCUCACUCCCAUCCAUGAGCAUAAUGUGCUGCUGAGCCCGGAUGCUCCCUCCCACACUGUGUCUUGCAGCAUCACCCCUCCUGUCACAAACCACAGCUGCCCCCCUGCCAACCAGCAGGAAGUGUCACUCAAAUCAACUCAGCUGUGGGACACCUUCAACACCAUGGCUCUUGACAGCCCGAGUGGCACAGGCAGCAGUGCGAUUCAGUUCAGCCUCGAACACGAAACGCUCCCUGAAAUGUCAAGCUGUGACAGCCUGCUGAGCCUCGAUGAUGAAGCAGUGGACAUGAAGAGUGAGGAUGAUGAGCUCCUGAUCCCCUCCCUGAAGAUGGAGGUGAAGCAAACUUCUGUAACCACACAUCAUCUGGGUCAGAUCCAGCAGGAAUGCGGUGAUGGCUCCUUCAUGGAAAGCAGGAAGAGGACACCUGAGUGUCUUCUGUCAGAUCACACGGUUUCUGGUUUGGACAGAGACUGGCUAAUGGAGCCUGCAAUGCCAGUGGAAACCACAGACAAGGUUUUCUCACUGGACCUAGAUACACUGGACACACCUUCACCCCAAAAGAAGCCAGAGUACAGCCUCCCAAAACUGAUCACAUUCUCCCCGAUAGAUGACAUGAAAUGUUAGUGACAUUCUUUUAGAAGCCUUGUCUGUCUGCCCUGAUUUUUAAUGGGAAUCUAACAAAUAUUUGUACAUAGCUGUAAAAACAAACCGUUGCACAUUAAAUUACUUUUCCAUGCAAGUGUAUGGAUUUUAAUUUAAAAAUAGUAAGACAUGAAAUAAAGUUGUAAAAUAUGGAAAUAAUUCUUUUCCACUUUCGUGUAUAUACAUAACUAAGAUUACUAACUUCAGUGUUACCUUGAACUUCGAUGGAUCUGUUCAACCAUUAAAAUGUUGGGUAAUGUG